ACCAAGAGGUCGCUCCGUAGCAAGCUCAGCUGCAUUACCGAAUUUCAAGGCAAAAAUGACAAAUUUUCAAACUGAUGGAGGUUGGUGCUCAAAAAACGAAUUGCCCUUGCCUCCACGUCAUGAUGACUAUCUAGAAGUCAAAGGCCAGAAAAUCCCCGAUGAUGAAUAUCAAGUAGUCAAAGGCCAGAAAAUCCCCGAUGAUGAAUAUCAAGUAGUCAAAGGCCAGAAAAUCCCCGAUGAUGAAUAUCAAGUAGUCAAAGGCCAGAAAAUCCCCGAUGAUGAAUAUCAAGUAGUCAAAGGCCAGAAAAUCCCCGAUGAUGAAUAUCAAGAAGUCAAAGGCCAGAAAAUCCCUGAUGAUGAAUAUCAAGACGUCAAACCCAGGAAAAAUCGAGAUGGGUUUAGUAGUACUUCUGACAAAUCAGGUCAACCAAAGCUUCGCUAGACUGAUGCCGUCGUUCGGUUGUGUGUAUGACUUUGUAUGGAUUGCGAGUUGACGAUGCUGUGUUGUUGUUAUGCAGUCUUUGCAGCUGCCUUUACUCGAUUUUGAUGUCUUUCGCUACACGUCGUUGAGAAACAACGUUGAUGUUUUAUGCAGUCACGAUACUUUGAAAAGCUGUCUUACGGGAGUGUCGGUUGCAUGUCUUGCAGUUAAUAACACCAAUUACCUUGCCCAACUGACUCAAAAUGGCAUUCAGAAAACGGAUAAAACAAACGGUGUAUGC